AUGGGCGCGGCGGGCGCCGUCGUCGGCGUGGCGGCAGGCACGGCCAGACUGUCGAUGACCCUCGGUGCGACGAUUUCGCAGUUUGAGAACAGCGCGGCAAAGGAGCUCACGCUUCAGUCCAUUUUGCAGAAAGAGACCAGUCGCACGAAUCUUGUGCAGGUUAGUGGAAGUACAAUCGGUAGUGCAAGUAGAACAGCAGGAACAUCAAGUGGAGCACAACUCAUCUCGAGCGCAGGCGGAGCUACUGCAGGCCCGACGUCGAAGAAGUUACAGUCCCGAGACUUAGACGCAUUUUUCACCUCCGCGGAGGGGAAGUUUCUGCAGAAAGAAUGGGACCGGGGCUUCUCCACCUCGGAGCAGGUCGGUAUCAUGGAAAACGAGCACGAGGUGACGAACCGAAUUUUGGUGCAGUUGGACCGCAUGAGGCAAGCGCGAAGCCAGUUCCGCCUGCAAAAAAACAGGCAGUUCAUCGAGAAAAAAGUGCGGCAGCGCCUCGCUGCGGAACGGGGGGCGAGCAGUCUGAGGACCACCAGCAUGAGCCAGUUCAGCACCCAACCGCAGCAAUUGCGGGAGAGAAGAGAGAAGGAGGUGCGGAGAGAAAUCGAGCGGGACUUGUUGCACGUGUACAAGCGGGAAGACAGUCAGCACGACUUUCUACAGGGCAUCGCGCUGCAAAAGCUGCGCCAGAAGUCCCUCGCGCACCGGGAAAAUCUGCACAAGGUCCGGAGGGAAUUCGUGGACGGGCUGAAAAAGGCGUUUCUAAGGGACGGCGCGUCCAGUCUCAGCGGCGGUCUCGUCCGCCAGGCCGAGCAGACGGCCGCGAUUGUGG